CUCCUCCCUUAGCUUCUUCCCUCACAAAACCUCGUUCAUCCCCUCUUCCAACUCUGCCUUUAUCAUUUCCAUCCAUCGAAUUCAAUCGAUUUCUAGCUAGGUCGAUCGAUUUCAUAUCGCAUGCGUAGUAAUUACAGGUUUGCAGCUCAACCGAUCGCAAGCCAAGACACAGAGAAAGUAGCUAAGCCUAGCUAGGUAGAUAGGCGCGCAAUAGCAUGAUCCCAGGAGGAGCACGAAACCCAUACUUCCUGCAGAACCAGCAGCAGCAGCUGUUCCAUGCCCUCGAUGGCAUGGACGGCGGCGCCGCGUUCAUGGGCGGCGCCGAGCCGGCGGUGUCCGAGUCCGACACGAACUGCCACACGCUGCUCUACAACCUGUCCGUGCUCAAGGACAAGGUGCGGCAGCUGCAGCCGCUCGUCGGCCUCGCGAUCGCGCACGACGGCCCUGGCCCCGUAGUCGCCGUGUCCGGGGCCAGCGCCAUCAUCCAGGUCAUCAUCAGGGCCGCCUCCUCGAUGAUGUACGCCUUCCAGCAGCUUUGCACCCACGGGCAACCAUCCGCUAGCACCGCCACGCUGGAGGAUGGCAGCAUCACCGUCGGCCAUGCCAAGAACGGCACAGCCACAGCGGAAAGCGGCUGCAGUGGCGACCAGGCUGCCGUGGCCAUGGACCAUGUCAUGAUGCAGUGGCAGCACCACCACGGUGGCUACGACAACCGUAUGCACAGCAAGACGACCGUUGCAGCGGCUGCGUCAUCGCAGGCGAUGGGGAUGGAGGAGGAGGCCGGCGCGAUCAUAGAGCUGGACGCGGCGGAGCUGCUGGCCAAGUACACGCACUACUGCCAGGUGUGCGGGAAGGGGUUCAAGCGCGACGCCAACCUGCGCAUGCACAUGCGCGCGCACGGCGACGAGUACAAGAGCAGCGCGGCGCUGGCGAGCCCGGCCAAGGCCACCGGCACCGGGGGAGACUCAGCGGCGGCGAGCAGCAGCAAUAGGUCCUACUAUUCGUGCCCGCAGGAGGGCUGCCGGUGGAACCGGAAGCACGCCAAGUUUCAGCCGCUCAAGUCAGUGAUCUGCGCCAAGAACCACUACAAGCGCAGCCACUGCCCCAAGAUGUACGUCUGCAACCGCUGCAACCGCAAGCACUUCUCCGUCCUCUCCGACCUCCGCACCCACGAGAAGCACUGUGGCGACCACCGCUGGCUCUGCUCCUGCGGCACCUCAUUCUCCCGCAAGGACAAGCUCAUCGGCCAUCUCGCGCUCUUCGCCGGCCACCAGCCCGCCGUGCCGCUCGACAGACGCGCCAACGUCAGGAGGUCGUCGUCAUCAUCAACGUUGGCGCAGCUCGGUACGUGAUGGCAUAUGAGACAUGAUCAGGAACUGCAAUGUACCGUCUGUCAGGUAUGAUAUAUAUGUAUCAAGUAUAUGUCCAUGCGUAAAAAAAUGCAUCCAGUGAGUUUGAUUAUAUUGCUGUUAUUUAAGUUUAUUGCUGUACAUAUAGGGAAGUAAUUACGAAGUUAGUGUGUACUGGAUAUGUUUUGGCUAACUCAAAUUAGUGGGUAAUUGUACUCCAAUAAGAAGGCAAAAUGUGACUGGCUUAAUUAUUUACUGUAAUUAACUUUGCAGAUUUUAGGGCCCAAGACUAUUUAUAAAUUCCAAAUAAAAGUAGUUUGCUAUAUAUAUAAAUUUCAUGUGUUCAGGAAUGAGCUUGUUAAUUAAUUUCAGUUCAAAUUUCAAAGGAAAAAUAAGGAAUGAGUUUGUAAGUUUGGCAAGUGUAUUAAUUCAGUCCGAUAAAAAAAAGAGUGUCAAUUCAGUGGAGACGAUGAAAGUUUGUUGUACUUCAUUGGAGAGGCGCACGGCAGGUGUCAUCAUAUUCAUGGGCCCGGAGCUUAAUCGGUUGGGCGUUUUUACAGGUGAUUCUUACUCUCAUCUUGUCCAGCUAUCAAGGUUGUAACAGUGUAGAAAAUUAAAUGCGUGUUUGACCUAGAGUUUCCUUAUUUCCGGGAAAGCUAAACUGGCUCUCCGCCUCCUCUGGCAAGGAUUUUCCUUCAUCAUAUAGCAUCUAAUCUGUCUGUCGCAGUGGCAACAAGGAAAACCAUACAGUGUAUGUGUGCCCAAAAUCCGUGACGAGUAGCAGCAACCUUUUUAGCAUUUGUCUACUUCGGAGACGACUUUGGCUGUUAGCAGAAAUUAUUUAAAGGCGACGCUUGAUUCGUUCUGACGUCGUUGAGAAAGGCCGGCGGGGAAAUGAACCGUGGGCUGACCGACGUGAUAUAUGCUUCGGCUCGGUCAUCGGUCAGCCGGCAUGUCAUGUGGGGUCACAAGUACAAGCUGCGCAAGAAGAAGUCGACCAGGGACCAGUCCAGUUUGGCAACCGGCGUGUCAGUUUCGAGUUCAAAUUGGUGUCUGCAGUUUGUUGAGUUUUAGGUAGAUUGGUGUUUGUUAGGAUCCUCGUAGAAGGAUUGGUUUGUUAGUCUUGGUUAGGAUUUGGUUUGGCAUGCAAGCUAGAGAUAUA